AUGGGCCAACUGUUCGUUAGAGUACUCGACACUACAGUCAAGUCAACACACAAACCAACAAUCACCAUGAAGACUUUUAUUGCUUUCGCCGCUCUCCUGGCCUGCGCUGCUGCCGCCCCUGGACUCCUUGUAGCCCACGAGCCCGUGGUUGCUCACGUUGCCGCUCCUGUGGUUCACACCGUCCCUGUGGUCGGUUCCAAGACCACCAUCACUAAGAGCAGCCAGGUUGUAAACCAUGGCUCUCCAGUUCACACCGUCCACGCUGUCCAUACCGCUCCAGUUGUGCACACUGCUCCCGUAGUCCACACCGUUCAUGCCGCUCCCGUAGUCCACACGGUCCAUGCUGCUCCUGUUGUCCACGCUGUUCACGCCGCACCUGUUGUUCACGCUGCCCCUCUUCUAGUCAAGACCGCACCUUCUGCCGUCAGCCAUAGUAGCUCAGUCGUACACCACGGACAUGUCGUCAAAUCUGUCCCACUUAUUGCUGUCCACCAUUGA